AUGGGCGCGGCAACUUGGGUCUCGUUGCUGCUGCUCCUGCAACCCUCCACCUCGAGAGCGGCAGGGGCAGGCUACGCGCCCUACGCCGACAACUCGCUGCUCUACGACUGGGGCGUGUAUGGUGCCUAUCCCCAGGUGCACUACGAGUCGCUCGGGGCGUCGUCGCCCUGGCCCAACGUCCUCCGUUCAGACCCCAAAUGCGAUGACGGCUUGCUCUUCAUGGCGCCCCGCGGCCGGUCAGUGCAGACGCCGGGGCCCAUGAUCCUCGACCAGCAGGGAAACCUCGUGUGGAUGAACACGGAAUGGGGGCAGGCCAUGGACGUCAAGGUGCAAUCGUACCAAGGGGAAGACUACAUUACCUUUUGGCAUGGGACCGACAACGGCACCUUCGGCAUGGGCUACUACUUGAUGCUCGAUUCCUCCUAUGAGGUGUUCAAGAAAAUUGUGCCGGUCGGUGACUUCACUGGCGACCUCCACGAGUUCCGCAUCACAGACCACGGCACGGCUCUCAUGACCAUCUACGAGAAGAGACGUGGGGAUCUUUCCGCCUACGACAUUGCUGACGGCUGGCUCAUUGACAGCCUCUUCCAAGAGGUCGACAUCGCCACGGGUGAGCUGCUCUUCCAGUGGCGAGCUUCAGAUCACUUCGCCGUCGCCGCGAGCCGCGCCCCCAUCGGCAAGUUCGGCCGCAAGGAGCCCACGGCAUUUGACUUUUUCCACAUCAACAGCAUCGACCAGGACGCCAUGGGCAAUUACCUAGUGUCGUCACGCUACAUGUGUGCCGUUGUCUGUAUCGAUGCUAGGAACGGUCAGGUGCUAUGGCAGCUUGGUGGAGCAGCCAACAAUUUCACGGAUCUCUCGGAUGGCGCGGCCACCUCCUUCUCGUGGCAGCACCACGCCUCUUGGGUUGACGAAAGUACCAUUUCCGUCUUCGAUAACGGUGCUUACGAUAGACUCCGCACGAGUAAGCAUAGCAGCGGUCUCGUAAUCGCCCUCGACAUCGCCACUCAGACGGCCGAGUUGAAGCAGAGUUACGUGUCACCCCAGAAGUUCUCUGUUGGUUCGCAGGGUUCCGUUCAGACACUGCGAAAGUCUGGCAAUGUCCUCGUCGGCUGGGGUCACACGCCUGCCUUCACCGAGUUCUCGUCUGCAGGAAAAGCGCUAUGCGACGUACACAUCGGCGCCGUGCACCUAGCGCGACUCGGCUGGUGCAAGAACUAUCGGACCUUCAAGUACCCCUGGGUUGGCAAGCCGAAGACGCGGCCGACUGUUGUCGUGAAGCCCAAGGAGGGGGCAUUAUAUGUCAGCUGGAACGGUGCCACACAGGUCGAUCAAUGGCGCCUCCAGAGCAGCACAGAACCAGGCGGAAAGCGCUUCGCUGAUCACGAGGUGAUUACGAAGGAGAGCUUCGAGACGAAAUUCGAGAUUCCCAAGGAAGCCGCGGAGUAUGUGCGCGUCGCUGCCAUGGAUCUGGAUGGUACAAUUUUCGCAACGUCGAUGCCCAUAUCGAGAUAUUUCGCGACGGAGAUUCCUCUGAUGAAGGCUCCGUCACGGGGAUCGUCAAUCUCCAUAUCAUUUGUCGUCGAAUUUUCCAUCCUCGCCCUCCUCGCCAUUGUGGGCACCUGGUACUUCAGAUCUGUCGUACGGCAGCGUCUAACGCAUGGCGUCGACUGGGUACAGAGACACCGCCGAGCCAUGGCGUAUGGAGAGGAGACCAAGUAUGAGGCCCUACCUUUACAGGACCAGCGGUGA